AUGCGUAAAGCGUGCUUACGGAUGUUGGCGUAUUCGGAUACGGCUAAACCACAAAUCUCAAUUCAUUCGCGUCCAGUUCUACUUCCAAUGAAUCUACGUAUCUACUGGUGUUCCUCGACUGUCUACAAGAAGAGAUCUACAACAACUGGCGACCAUCUACAACAACUGGCGAUCAGUGGACUUCAACGCGGACAUCGAGAACGACCAGUGCAGAAGCUUCAACGCAGACAACGAUAA